UGGUUGAAUACCAACUUUUCAUUUCUUGGCCGACCAAAGUUCUUUGCUGGUCGGGUCAUCGGGUGGAGCGGGUCGGGUUACUUGGUCGGGUGAGCGGGUUGGUGACCUGGUCGAGCGGGUCGGGUGAGUGGGUCGAGCGGGUCGGGUGACUCGGUCAGGUGAGCGGGUUGAGCGGUUCCGGUUACUCGGUUGGUGAGCGGGUCAAUCGGGUUGAGCGAGUGGUUCAGUUGAAGUGGUCGGGUCUUUGGUCGGGCCACAUUCUUCUAAAGCUGAAAGACAUAUUAAAAGAGAUUGGACUUCUUCUUUCUUGUCUUCUUUCUGAUUCAUCUUCUUAAAAAAGGCCACAACCAUUUCCCUAAGCCUUUUGGUUUAGCUCGGGUCAUUGGUCCAUCCUCUUCGAUCUCUUGUCCAUCCGGUUUAAGUGAUGAUUCGUCCAACUCCUUCUCCUUGGUGCUCGUAUCAGUUCUUUAUGGAGAUAUGAAAUCAGAUUUGUUUAUUCUACGGUAUAUGGAUGUAGAAGCAGUGCUGGAAGCUUACCGAUAAAGAUUAUGGAUACAUUGGUUGGGGCUAGAUCCCUCUUCUAGGGUUAUCAGAAGAUUAGAUGGAACUUUUGAUCUUCUUCUAAGAGGAUCAUCAUGGAUGCAAGCAACCCGAAUCUGCUCUUCAGUCUGCUAAAGUUUAAGUGAUUUAGAUAGUCUGAAUCACAAGGCGCCAAGGAGAGUAGGAAUUUCGGAGUGAAAAAGACAACAAGAUUUUGCAGCUUCGGAGAAUAUGUUUUGAAGAACGGUCUAAAUAAGUGGUCUAGGAAUCUGAUUUGGACCGCAUAAGAAGGAAAUGUGCCAAGGAAGAAUGAUCAUAACACCUACGGGUCAACGAAACCCAUUCCUGCACUCUUGGUCUUGCUUCCCAGGAUUGGUCAUGGUAGCUGCUCUCGAUGGACACAAGAAGGAUAUAAAGGGGAUUGUGCUUCCUAAGGGUUCAGAUAAACUUUUCUCAGCCAGUAGCGAUGGUACAUUGCAAAUAUGGGACUGCCACACAAUCAAACUUCAUGCAGAAGCCGGGUUUUUAAUAAGUGAAGGGCCAUGGGUUUUCCUUGGCUUGCCAAAUGCUCUUUCAACGUCCAAACUCCAAACCGAUAAAGAUUUGCAUCUUAAUGGAAUGGCUGGUCAGGUGCAUGCUAUGACUGUUAGCAGUGGGAUGCUUUUUGCUGGGUCAAGUAGUUCAUAUAUAUCUGUCUGGAAAGCUACUGACGGCGAGUCUGAUCCUUCGGACACCAUAGUAAGUGAAGUCACAUGAUCUAUUGUUGGGGGUCAGCGACUAUACUCUGGUUCCGUGGAUAAAAAUGUGUGGGAUCUCAACACACUGGAGUGCACAAUAACCCUGAGGCAACAUACCGACACUGUCACAUCUCUCUUACGCUGGGAUCAGUAUCUCUUAUCGUCUUCUUUGGAUGGGACCAUAAAAGUCUGGGCUGCUUCUGAAAAUGGCAUCUUGAAAGUUAAAUAUACCCGCCGACGAGAACAAGUAAGGGUCCGAAUGGUAACCGCGGUUUUGAUAGAUUAA